AUGAGGUCAACUGAGGUCGGGCGUGUUGUGGAGGAUUUUAUUGUACUCCCUCCGACACCCAAGUCCAAGUGGAAGUUGUCUGAUUUCGAGCUUUUGCACAAACUUGGCGGCGGCAAUUACGGGGAUGUACACCUCGCCUCCGUGAAGGAUUGCAAUUUUGUUUGCGCGCUGAAAAGGUUGUCCAUUAAAAAACUUGCGGAUUUUGACAUUGCGACGCAACUCCGUCGUGAAAUUGAGAUCGCUUUUAACACGCGUCACAAGUACCUGCUGCGAACCUAUGCAUACUUCUUUGACGAAACUGAUAUUUAUCUCAUUAUGGAGCCAUGCAGCAACGGCAUGCUUUACACGGAACUCAACCGAGUGAAAUGCUUUGCGCCACCGACAGCAGCCCGUUACGUGGCUCAGCUCGCUGAAGCCCUCCUCUACUUGCAUCAACAUCACAUCCUCCACCGCGACAUUAAGCCGGAGAAUAUUUUACUAGAUCACAACAAUAACAUCAAACUGGCGGAUUUCGGUUGGUCAGUCCACGAUCCGGAUAACCGUCGCAAGACAUCUUGCGGGACGCCAGAGUAUUUUCCACCAGAAAUUGUGGGACGACAAGCGUACGAUACGAGUGCUGACCUUUGGUGCCUGGGCAUCUUCUGUUAUGAGCUUCUCGUUGGUAAAACACCGUUUGUUGGAAAGGAUACAGACCAAAUCUGCAAGAACAUUCAUUCCAUGCACUUCAAAAUACCGGAGAAUAUACCGUCAGAAGCGAAGGACCUCAUCGCGAACUUGCUUCUGCGUGAUGGGUCACGGAGGCUUGCACUUCACCGUGUCGUGAAUCACCAGUUCCUUCUCAAGUAUUAUUAUCUCCCAAACAAUUUACAACCUCCCACUGGAAAGCGUCCGCGUCUCGAUGCAGAGCCAACUGCAGGGAAAGAGAAUUAA